UACAAGUUCAAACUUGGAAUAAUUAUUAGCUCGAAAGAUGCUAAAGCUCUCUCAGAGAAGAUUAUGCUUGGAAAGCGGGAGAUUAUGGAAAAGAUCACUAAGAACAGGUAGUGCCUGCGCUUCACCUUCUUCUGGACCUGAGGAUGCACAAUCAUUAGAAGCUAAGACCCCCAAAGUCACAAUUGAGCUAAAUUCCUCUCCAUUUGACACCAACCUCAUGAUAAAGCAACUUCAACAGAUGGGUUUUUCACAAAUCCAGUCUGAAGGUCUUGUAGCUAUAUUAAUCAAGCUAGGUUCUCAAAAAGCCGACUUAAGUUCAAAAGAUCUAGAUUUAUUGGAGCUACGAAUCAAAUCUAACAUUGAAGCUGUCAAACAUAGUCAAGUUCUACUUAAAGAAGGUAGCCUAUCGCAGCUUAGAGAUAAAUCAGAUGAUCUGAGAGCUGAAAUUGGAAGACUGAAAGAGAAUUUAAAAGACGAAGUUACUAAAAUUAACAGCGGUGUUCAACUGGAUAUCAAUCUUGAAAGAAGUAGAAACAAAGAAAAUGAGACUAUCAUUAACCAAAAGAUCAAAGACACUCAUAAUAGAAUAGACACAGAGGUUGCAUUGUUGAGGACAGCAAUGGAAUCCAACAAGGUAGAUACACUGAAAUAUACAAUAGGUGGUGUUUUCACAAUGGCUUCUGUAUUUCUGGCAAUAUGGAGACUUUUGAAAUGAUAUAUAACUUUGCCAUUGAUUCUUUUUUUUGAAUUAAUAGAUUGAUUAUUUAUUUUAAAAAUAAUAAGUUCUUAUAGUGAAACAUAAACAA